UUCUUGUCCUUAUGCUCCUGCUUUUCAUCUCUCUUCUUCUUCGAAUCGAUCACCGAAUCUACAGCUCUGGCUCUUGAUUCCGAUUUCUUCCCCUCCUCUGGUCUCUCUUUCUCCUUUUCUGGCGUUCCAUCAAUGGUUCCCGAGUGAUUCUGAGUUCUGGUAGAUAACAGAAGUAUCUAAUGGCUCCUUCAAAGAAAUCUAAGUAUAAGAAGACUUCUCGUGUUAAUGUUGUGUCCCCACACAAAGAUGAAGAAAAUGAGGGCAAAAGCAGACAACGAAAGAGAAAAUUGUGGGAAAUGUUAGGUCCUCAAUGGAUCAAGGCAGAGUUGGAACUAUUUUAUGACUCAUACCGGAAAUUUGGAAAAGACUGGAAGAAGGUUGCAGCAUUUGUACAGACCCGCUCUGCAGAAAUGGUGGAGGCUCUAUACACUUUGAACAAGGCCUAUUUAUCUCUUCCAGAAGGCACUGCCUCUGUGGUUGGACUAAUUGCGAUGAUGAAGGAUCAUUACUCUGUAUUGCAUGGAGGAACUGACAGUGAGCAGGAAAGCAAUGAAGGCACCAACACACUCAGAAAGGCCCAGAAGCGUGCCAGAGUGAAAUCCUCAGAUCCUCAAGGGCUUGAGGGUCUCUCUGACCGUCUGCGAUUCAGGUCCUCAAGCUGCUUGUCAUUGGUGAAGAAGAGACGAAGUGUUGGGAAAAGGACUCCUCGAAUUCCUGUUUCAUUUUCCCAUGAAAAGGAUAACAUGGAAAGGUAUUUAUCACCUGUUAAGAGAGGUCAAAAGCAAAAGGGAGAUGAUAUUGAUGAUGCCAUGGAGCAUGAGAUAGCCUUAGCACUAGCAGAAACUUUGCAACGGGGUUGUUCCCUCCAGGUUUCCAGGACACCAAUCAGAAAAGCAAAGAUGUACUACCCGGAUAAGAAGGGUGAAAAAAUGCAUGCAGAAAUCGACUCGGCUGAAAUGGAAGAGGGUGGCUGUGAACUAAGCUUAGGUAGCGCUGAAGCAGAUAAUGGCGACUAUGCUGGCCCAAGAAAUUACUUGAUGCAUGGAGAAGGUUUUAGUGCCAUGGAACUGCAAAAGAAGGGAAAAAGAUACUCUAGGCGAGAACUAGAUAUUGACGAGAGUACUAACAAUCAGUCAGAUGAUGUAAAAGAAGCCUGCAGUGAGACAGAGGAAGGGCAAUCCUUAGGCCCUUGGAGGGAGAAAUUUGAACCAGAGGGGAUGGUUGAGAAGUCUCUGGAAUUCACUUAUAAAGGUUCAAGGAGUAAAAGUAACAAAGUUCUCUUUACAGCAGAUGAAGGCUCUGCAUGUGAUGCUCUCCAGACGCUGGCAGAUUUGUCGCUGAUGAUGCCUGAUGCUGCUACAGAUACUGAAUUGCAGUUUGAUGUGUCAGAGUCCCCUGUUCAAGUGAAGGAAGAAAGAGCUGGAAAAACUGAUGGCUCCGAUUUAAAAGGGAGUGGUCCAGCACCUGGGUCUAAAAUUGGUUCUCUCAAGACCUCCUCCAAGCAGAGAAAAUCCAUCAGUGAUGAUCUUAGUAAUACUGAGGCAGAUAGAAAAAGUCCAGGUAGUACUGUUAUGCGAAAGAGAAGGCCGAAAUCAUCAAAAGUUCCUAAAGAUGAAGCUCCAUCUAACUCACAAUUUGCAGAAGCUCCGAGUAGCAAGGGAAUAAAUGAAGGGACGAAGCAUGUUGGUAGAGGCAAACACUCAGCAAAAAUUCCCAACUCACACAAAAAAAAGUCAGUCAAACAUCAUGGUCAUACUUCUGCAAGCAAUGACAUAGUAGAAGGCGAUGGCGAUGGGUCAGCUCUACCAACUGCAAGAGUCAACAAAAAACAAGUCAAUUUAACAACUAAAGUUAGAAGCAGGAGAGAGGCAAAAACUGAAAAUCUUCUAGCAAAUGAAGAUGGAAAGAGUUCUGAGAUUCUAGAGAAGCUUUCACAUUGCUUAUCUAAUUACCGUGCCCGAAGAUGGUGUGUUUUUGAGUGGUUCUACAGUGCAAUUGACUACCCUUGGUUUGCCAGACAAGAAUUUAUGGAGUACUUGGAUCACGUAGGGCUUGGUCAUGUUCCAAGAUUAACUCGUGUUGAAUGGGGUGUCAUAAGGAGUUCCCUUGGCAAACCACGUCGAUUUUCUGAACAGUUUCUGAAGGAGGAAAAAGAAAAGCUAUACCUGUAUAGGGGCUCCGUAAGGAAACAUUAUGAUGAACUUAAUGCUGGGGUGAGGCAAGGACUUCCAACGGAUUUGGCUCGACCCUUAAAGGUUGGACAAAGAGUCAUUAAUCUGUACCCGAGGACAAGAGAGAUUCAUGAUGGCAGUGUGCUAACUGUUGAUCACGGUAGGUACAGAGUUCAGUUUGACCACCCUGAACUAGGGGUGGAGUUUGUCAAGGAUACUGAAUGCAUGCCAUUGAAUCCUCUACAAAACAUGCCAGCAUCACUUGCAAGGCAAUAUGUCUCAUUGAAUCAUCACAUUGAGAAUCACAGUGCGCUCAAAAUGCAUGAGCAGGAAAAGGAAAACACGCCAGAAGAAUAUCUCAAACUUUCAUAUGAGACAUUGGAGAACUCCAGUGGGCCUCACUUAUCCCUAACAAAUUAUUAUAGCAGUAGUAACUCACUGAAGCAACAAAAGGCCGAUAUAUCAAGUUCAAAUUCACAAGACCAAGUUGUAAUGGAUGAGGCUAUUCAAUCACAGUUGAUAAAUUCUCAGCCUUCAAGGACUGCACAGAUUCAGGCAAGAGAAGCUGAUGUCCAAGCUCUUUCUGAAUUCACUCGUACACUUGACAAGAAGGAGCUAGUUUUGUCCGCGUUGCAGUGCAUGAACAAUGAGAUUGUGGAAAGUAAAAAAGAUGGGAACAAAGCUCUUAAGGAUUCUGAAUCUUUCAAGAAACAAUAUGCUGCAAUUCUCUUUCAGCUUAGUGAAAUCAACGAGCAGGUUUCACUGGCUCUUCUUCGUUUGAGGCAACGAAACACUUUCCAGGCUAGCUCGUCAUAUAUGCCAUUCAGAUGCAUGAGCAGCUUAGGGGAUCCCAAUGGUCACUUUACCUGUGUAGGCUAUGCUGUUUCUGACACCGACGACCAUGGACCCCAUGUGUCUAAGAUUGUCGAAAAUUCAAGAACAGUAGCACGGAAUAUGGUUGAUAGAGCUAUGGAGCUCUCUGAGGAUUGCGGGCAAGCACCUGUUCAGCAAACUCAAGUUGCCUCAGCUCCAAAUCUGCCAACUGUAAGCCAUGUCAUUGAUUCUCACUCAAAUGAGUCAAAUCUGCUCAACCGAAAUGACACGCAAAUUCGCUCCGAACUUGUCUCCUGCUGUAUUGCUACUUUGCUCAUGAUUCAGAAAUGUACAGAGCGGCAAUUCCCGCCCAGCGAAGUAGCGCAGGUUCUAGACUCGGCAGUGGCAAGUCUACAACCGAGUUGUUCACAGAACCUUCCGAUUUAUGCAGAGAUACAGAAGUGCAUGGGAAUCAUCAGAAACCAGAUACUAGCCCUCGUUCCCUCGUAAGUAUUACAAGAAACCAACUCUUUGAUUUAUCUUGUAAAAUCACAUGUUUUCUUAUUAGCAAUUUCUUUCAAUUAUUCGUCGGAUUGAAACCACGGCUUCUUCCUCAAUUCCAGUGUUGCUUUCCCGACGAGUUGUUAGAUGGAAAUGUAUGUAUACAUUGAGUGAAAAACGUUUUCCAUAAGAUGUUCUUUGCGGACAUCUCUUUACAGAUGUCUCAUCAGAUGCGUUUGUGCCCUUUUGAUUUCA